AUGGGUGCAUCAGGCUUAGGUUCUGCUUUAGCAAAUUGCAUUAAUCUCUCAAAUUUGACACUUAACCUUUAUUGGAAUAAAAUUGGUGAUGAAGGUGCAUCAGGCUUAGGUUCUGCUUUAGCAAAUUGCAUUAAUCUCUCAAAUUUGACACUUGAGCUUGGUUUUAAUUAAAUUGGUGCAAAGGGUGCAUCAGGCUUAGGUUCUGCUUUAGCAAAUUGCAUUAAUCUCUCAAAUUUGACACUUGAGCUUUGUCGAAAUUAAAUUGGUGAUAGAGGUGCAUCAUGCUUAGGUUCUGCUUUAGCAAAUUGUAUUAAUCUCUCAAAUUUGACACUUUAACUUGAGUAAAAACAGUUUAUUUGUUUUGGAUUGUGA